CAAUGUUCCACACAUUCAGAUUGAACAUGUAAGGAUAAAAUAUAAUAUUUUUUAAUAAAAAUCUAUAAAAAUGAUGUUGGGUAGAAAGCAAAGUUUAAAAGGAGAGCCUGUCCUGGCAGAUUAUGGACCAGAUGAAGCAUUUAAUGAGAGUGCUGAUAUUGAAUGGGUGAAUAAGAGAUGGGUUAGACGGUUGAUGAGACUGUGUGCUCUAUUGAGUUUGGCUUCUGUCAGCUGUAACACACCAAAAACAUUUGAGAAAAUCUGGUUCAUGCAAUCUUUAACAUAUGGUGUUGACACAGUUCUAACUACACUAUUUACUGCAGAAAUGAUUGCUAAAAUGCACAUUCGAGGCAUCCUUAAAGGUGAAAAGCCGUAUUUAAAGGAUCAUUGGUGUCAAUUUGAUGGCAGCAUGGUCUUUUUUCUUUGGUUGUCUGUUAUUCUUCAAACUUUCGAAGUGUUAGAGAUUGUGGACAAAUAUAGUUACUUUUCUAUGGUUCGAGCACCAAGACCUUUAAUUAUGAUCAGAUUUUUAAGGGUGUUUUUAAAGUUUUCCAUGCCUAAAUCAAGAAUAAAUCAAAUUUUUAAGCGAUCGAGUCAACAAAUAUAUAAUGUUACACUUUUCUUUCUGUUUUUCAUGUCAUUAUAUGGACUUUUAGGUGUCCAGUUUUUUGGAGAAUUAAAAAAUCAUUGCGUCACAGAAAACACAACGGAUCCACAGUAUGUUUCAUGUAUUUUAAUAUUUUGCAACAAUUAUAUACACUGUAUUUUCAGGAAGGUAACAUUAAAUAGUUUGGCCAUUCCUGAUACAUAUUGUUCAGUGGACCCUACAUCUGGAUAUCAGUGUCCAAAAGGAAUGAAGUGCAUGAAACUGGAAGGAGUGUCAAGAUACACUAUUGGAUUUAACGGAUUUGAUGAAUUUGUGACAAGUUUUUUCACAGUUUAUCAAGCGUCUUCUCAAGAAGGCUGGGUUUUCAUAAUGUACAGGGCGAUAGAUUCUUUACCAGGUUGGAGAGCCAUCCUUUAUUUCAGUACCAUGAUUUUCUUUUUGGCUUGGUUAGUGAAAAAUGUUUUCAUUGCUGUAAUCACAGAGACAUUCAACGAGAUUCGAGUCCAGUUUCAACAAAUGUGGGGAGUCAGGGGACAUAUUCAAAAUAGUUCAGCCUCUCAGAUAUUAAUAGGAGAUGACAGAGGUUGGAAAUUGGUAACCCUCGAUGAGAAUAAACACGGUGGUCUGGCUCCUGAAUUUUGUCAUAAAAUUUUGGCGUCACCACAUUUCAGAUUGUUGGUGAUGGGGAUUAUUCUAGCUAACGCCAUAGCAACUGCGACCAUGAAUUUCAAACACGAUCGAAGGCCUAGACACGUAUUUUAUGAAAAUUAUUACUACAUGGAAUUGGGCUUCACAGCUUUGUUGAAUUUGGAAACUAUUUUUAAAAUAUGGUGCCUAGGAUGGAGAGGAUACUGGAAACAUUCUAUCCACAAAUUUGAAUUACUUCUUGUUAUUGGUACUAGUAUUCAUGUAAUUCCUGGAUUUUACAUGACUGGAUUCACAUACUUUCAAGUGUUAAGGGUGGUUCGACUUAUUAAAGCCUCCCCUCUAUUGGAAGACUUCGUCUAUAAAAUCUUUGGACCUGGAAAAAAAUUGGGCAGUUUGAUUAUAUUUACAAUGUGCUUACUGAUAAUUUCUUCAAGUAUAUCAAUGCAACUCUUUUGUUUCCUCGACUUCACAAAAUUUGAAACGUUCGCCGAGGCAUUCAUGUCUAUGUUCCAGAUUUUAACACAAGAAGCAUGGGUUGAAGUAAUGGAUGAGACCAUGUUGAGAACUAGGUCAAUGUUGACACCUUUAGUUGCCGUAUAUUUUAUAUUGUACCAUCUAUUUGUCACACUGAUUGUGUUGAGCUUGUUCGUAGCGGUUAUCUUGGAUAAUCUGGAACUGGACGAAGACAUAAAGAAACUUAAACAGCUUAAAUACCGAGAACAAAGUGCUGAAAUUAAAGAAACUCUUCCAUUUAGACUAAGGAUAUUCGAGAAAUUCCCCGACAGUCCCCUUAUGGUCACCCUUCAUAAAGUUCCAUCGGAUUUUAACUUACCAAAGGUACGUGAGAGUUUUAUGCGUCAGUUCGUCUAUGAAACUGAAGAUGAUGAAAAUUCUGAAAGUGGCAUAAAGAAAUUAAAUGAAGAGAUGUUCGACAAUAAGGUGAUUUACAGGAAGCAAAAACCUUUAAGGGUUCUUAGUACAUUGCCAAAAGUUAGAGUGGCGAACGAUAGUUUGAAGAAAACUUCAAUUGUUCACAUUAUAAAUGAUUCAAAUAAUCAGCGAUUAAUGCUGGGUGAUUCAUCCAUGAUUCCAGUGCCUGGAAGUAAAGGUCCUUUAAAACCCCAAGGAACCAUCAACAGUAUGAAACAGUUACGUAUUGACCAGAAGAAAUUUGGAUCACGAUCUAUCCGAAGGAGUGUCCGAAGUGGAUCUAUUAAACUCAAACAAACUUACGAGCAUUUAAUGGAGAAUGGAGAUAUUGGAGUAAACAGAGUGACUUCUAAUAGAGCACGCCCACACGACUUAGAUAUCAAAUUACUUCAAGCCAAGCGGCAACAAGCUGAGAUGAGACGAAAUCAACGGGAAGAAGAUCUACGAGAAAACCAUCCAUUUUUUGAUACACCUCUAUUCGCUGUGCCGAGAGAAAGCAGAUUUCGUAAAUUGUGCCAGCUUAUAGUAUAUGCAAGAUAUGAUGCCAGGCUUAAAGAUCCACUAACCGGAAAGGAAAGAAAAGUUCAAUAUAAGAGUUUACAUAAUUUCUUAGGAUUGGUCACUUACUUGGAUUGGUUGAUGAUCGCCAUGACCACUUUAUCUUGCCUUUCAAUGAUGUUUGAGACUCCAUUUUAUAGAGUAAUGGAUAAUAUUUCUCUACAAAUUGCCGAAUAUUGUUUUGUUAUAUUCAUGAGUAUCGAAUUGGCAUUAAAAAUACUUGCCGAUGGUUUAUUUUUCACACCGAAGGCCUACGUCAAAGAUGUAGCUGCUCUUCUUGACGUCUUUAUUUAUUUGGUGAGUCUAACCUUUCUAUGUUGGAUGCCAAGAAGAGUACCACCAAACUCCGGCGCACAACUGCUGAUGAUUCUCCGAUGCUUGAGACCUUUAAGAAUAUUUACACUGGUACCUCACAUGAGAAAAGUCGUUUACGAAUUGUGCAGGGGAUUUAAGGAAAUUCUCUUGGUAUCAACACUUUUGAUUCUUUUAAUGUUCAUUUUUGCAAGUUACGGUGUCCAAUUAUAUGGAGGACGUUUAGCUAGAUGUAACGAUCCCAGUAUUACCAGAAGAGAAGACUGCACAGGGAUUUUUUGGAGGCGUGUUUUCGUGACAAAAAUGAAAUAUGCACCGGGCGAAGGAGAAAGCCACCCGGCUAUAUUGGUUCCUCGAGUCUGGGCUAAUCCCAGGAGAUUUAAUUUUGAUAAUAUUGGAGAUGCCAUGUUAACCUUAUUCGAAGUUCUUUCUUUUAAGGGUUGGCUGGAUGUCAGAGAUGUUUUGAUAAAAGCUUUAGGACCUGUUCAUGCAAUAUAUAUUCAUAUAUACAUUUUUUUGGGCUGUAUGAUUGGUCUCACUUUAUUUGUGGGUGUCGUUAUCGCAAAUUAUUCAGAAAACAAGGGUACGGCCCUUUUAACUGUAGAUCAAAGGAGAUGGUGUGAUUUAAAGAAGAGACUUAAGAUUGCCCAACCUCUUCAUCUUCCUCCAAGACCUGAUGGCAAAAAGUUUAGAGCUUUUAUAUAUGAUAUUACACAAAACAUUAAAUUUAAAAGGGCUAUAGCUAUUAUGGUUUUGGUUAAUAGUGCCCUUCUAGGAGUCACAUGGAAUAAAGAUUACUCAUACACAGACGUUUUGGCCACAGUUGGCAUGAUUUGUACUCUACUAUUUUUAGUAGAAGUUGUUAUGAAAAACAUAGCGUUCACUCCAAGGGGUUACCUUCAAUCAAGAAGAAAUAGAUAUGACCUUUUCGUCACAGUUACUGGCGUUAUUUGGAUGUUUUUCCAUAUAAUGUUUAAGAAUGAACUGACAUACUUCAUAGGAUUUAUGGUGGUCAUACUCAGAUUCUUUACUAUAACUGGAAAACAUGCCACUUUAAAAAUGCUCAUGCUGACGGUGGGCGUAUCAGUCUGCAAGAGUUUCUUUAUCAUAUUCGGCAUGUUUCUUUUAGUAUUUUUUUACGCUUUGGCCGGUACGAUAAUAUUUGGAACGGUUAAAUAUGGGGAGGGCAUUGGAAGGAGGGCCAAUUUUCGAUCUCCUGUAACUGGUGUAGCCAUGCUUUUCCGAAUUGUAACUGGUGAGGACUGGAAUAAGAUUAUGCAUGACUGCAUGAUCCAGCCUCCCUACUGUACGCCGGCCGAAAACUACUGGCAGACUGAUUGCGGAAAUUUCACCGGUUCCCUAAUAUAUUUCUGUACAUUUUAUGUCAUCAUCACGUACAUUGUUUUAAAUUUAUUAGUGGCUAUUAUCAUGGAGAAUUUUUCAUUAUUUUAUUCAAAUGAAGAAGAUGCACUAUUGUCAUAUGCUGACAUCAGAAAUUUUCAAAAUACUUGGAACAUUGUUGACAUACAUCAGAGAGGUGUAAUACCAGUUCGAAGGGUUAAAUUCAUAUUACGACUUCUCAAGGGAAGAUUAGAAGUAGAUCCCCAGAAAGAUAGACUCUUAUUUAAACACAUGUGCUACGAACUGGAGCGGUUGCAUAAUGGGGAAGACGUUACAUUCCACGAUGUUAUCAACAUGCUAUCGUAUCGGUCGGUGGACAUAAGGAAAGCUCUUCAAUUGGAAGAACUUUUAGCAAGGGAAGAGUUCGAGUACAUAAUUGAAGAAGAGGUAGCUAAACAAACGAUUAGAACCUGGUUGGAGGGUUGUUUGAAAAAGAUACGAUCAACAAACAAGCAGCAGAAUAGUUUAAUAGCAGGGUUGAGAGCCACUAAUGAAGCAGUAAAUAUACCGGACACUACCGAAGAAAACAAGGCUAGUGUACCGGAUCAGGAAAAUGAAGUAGAAGUUAAAGAAGUAGAAACUGUUAAGAAACAAAAACUUGCAACACUUCCCCGUUCGGACAGUAUUGGUAGUAGCUCAGGACGAAAAUACUUGGCUCCUACAUUAUCAGACCCUGCUGCAAGACCUGAAAAAGAAAGGAUAGCGACGAAAAAGAAAAAUAAUAGACAACCUGUUAAUAAGAAUAUAUCGCAUCUGAAUGAAUCUGAAACCAACCGUAUGCCAAGAGAAGUUUUUAAUAAUAAAACUACGGUGCCAAAAUCGUCUAACGCUCUACAUGAAAUAAGGGAUUGGUGGAAUGAGCAAUUAUCUUAUGCGUCACAAUCAAGUGAUGAAGAUUAAAAAUGGUAAAAGUCUCUAGAGAUAGUUUUAGUGAAUAUUAGACUGGAUAUUAUAAGACUUGUGUCCGUAUCUUGUAUAUGUUGUAUGUGUUAACUCAUACGUGGAGUCAAUUUUUGCAAGAUAUCGAUUUUUUAUUGACUUUUGUAUUUUCUUAGUACAUAAAGUUUUGUUUGAUAGUUUUACAUAAAACUAUUUUAUGAAUGUUAAAAUGUUAGUUUUUAUUAAUGGAUAUACAUCCAUAAUAUUUAUUACUGUUAUAUUUUAAUGAAUGAAAUUAUGUGUUGUUCUGUUAUUUUUUAUUAUAAAAAUAUAUUAAAUGUUUA